AUGGCUGCCAUCGUCAACGCGCCAGCAACUGCUCGUUGCUCGGCCGCCGGGCCGCAGCUGCUGCCACCACGGGGCGCUGCGUCGUCGUUUCCGCCGUCGAUGACGAGGAAGAGGACGACGGGGGCGCCCGCCGGCCGGCUUGUCGCGGUCUCGGCGGUGGGCGACGUCGCGGCGGAGGGCAACACGUACCUCAUCGCUGGCGCGGUGGCCGUCGCGCUCGUGGGCACGGCCUUCCCCAUACUCUUCUCGCGCAAGGACACGUGCCCGGAGUGCGACGGCGCCGGGUUCAUCCGGAAGGCGGGCGCGACGCUGCGGGCGAAUGCGGCGAGGAAGGACCAGGCCCAGAUCGUCUGCCCCAACUGCAACGGCCUCGGCAAGCUCGGACAGAUCGACAAGUAG